UAGCAACUUCCCAUCUUCCUCCUAUUUUACCAUCACUGUCCUGCUCCCAAACUGCCUUUUUCCUCCUCACAUGCUUUUUCUCCGCAGUCCUCUCUCUCUCUCUCUCCUUCCCUCCCUCCCUCUCUCUCUCUCUCUCUCUCCCCCCUCUCUCUCUCCUUUUUUCCUCCUAUUUAUGAAAACGUCACUUCAAGUCCCUCCCUGUUUGAAUCUCAUUAGUUUCUUGUGUGUUUCUCCCUGUCAAUAAUCCUGAAUCCAGACUCUCUCUAUUUCCAUCCCUCUCUAUCUGUCAAUCAGCGCCGCCUUUGAACUGAAAACCACUCCGACCAACUUCAACUCACUCAAUCCGAGCGGCUCGGCUCCUUCUCCGGCUUCCUUUUUCUGCCAAGAUUCCCCUUCUUUUUUUGAGUUUUCUACCAACCGGCCAGAGCUUUUUGGAAAACGCCAAUACAAGACCCCCCUAAACUUAAACUCGGGACUUUCUAGAUCACCGAGAUCAAGGGGUUUUAAAAACUUCGUGUUUUUGCCCCCUUCUUAAAAAAUACAGAGAAGAAUUUUUGCAGAGGGGAAAAAAUGCCGCAACUCAACGGCGGUGGAGGGGACGAUCUGGGUGCAAACGAUGAAAUGAUUUCCUUCAAAGACGAAGGGGAGCAGGAAGAGAAAAUUUCGGAGAACUCCUCGGCAGAAAGGGAUUUAGCCGAUGUCAAAUCUUCUCUCGUAAACGAGUCGGAAACGAAUCAAAACAGCUCGUCGGACUCAGAGGCGGAAAGACGGCCUCCGCCUAGAUCUGAAACUUUCAGAGACAAAACAAGAGAAAGUUUAGAGGAGGCUGCGAAAAGGCAAGAUGGAGGGCUGUUCAAGAGCCCACCGUACCCGGGCUAUCCAUUUAUAAUGAUCCCCGAUCUCACAAGCCCCUACCUUCCCAAUGGAUCACUUUCUCCAACAGCACGCACAUACCUACAGAUGAAAUGGCCCCUGCUAGAUGUUCAACCAGGAGGUCUUCAAAGUAGACAAGCACUUAAAGAUGCCAGGUCCCCGUCACCGGCACACAUCGUUGGGUCCUUCUGCUGGGAAUUCCCCGGACAGUCAGAUCUGAGCCUUCACCAAUUUCAUUUGUCUAAUAAGGUUCCAGUGGUACAGCACCCUCACCAUGUGCACCCUCUCACACCUCUGAUCACCUACAGCAAUGAGCACUUCACACCGGGGAACCCCCCACCUCACCUACAGACAGACGUGGAUCCCAAAACAGGAAUUCCAAGGCCUCCUCAUCCUCCAGAUAUAUCCCCUUAUUACCCACUGUCACCUGGCGCUGUCGGCCAGAUCCCCCAUCCGCUAGGAUGGUUAGUACCACAGCAAGGUCAACCUGUUUACCCAAUCACAACAGGGGGUUUCAGACACCCCUACCCAACUGCGCUCACUGUCAACGCAUCCAUGUCAAGGUUCCCCCCACACAUGGUGCCCCCCCACCACAGUUUGCACACCACCGGCAUCCCACACCCCGCCAUCGUCACACCCAACGUCAAGCAGGAAUCCUCCCACAGUGACAUCAGCUCCCUCAACAGCUCGAAACAGUCAGACGCUAAAAAGGAAGAGGAGAAGAAGAAACAGGUCCACAUAAAGAAGCCUCUGAAUGCCUUCAUGCUCUACAUGAAGGAGAUGCGGGCUAAAGUGGUGGCCGAGUGCACACUGAAGGAAAGUGCUGCCAUCAACCAGAUCCUUGGGCGAAGGUGGCAUGCCCUAUCGCGGGAGGAGCAGGCCAAGUACUACGAGCUGGCCAGGAAAGAGCGACAGCUCCACAUGCAGCUGUACCCAGGCUGGUCAGCACGAGACAACUAUGGGAAAAGGAAGAAGAGAAAAAGGGAAAAGCAGCAAGCAGAGAGCAAUGAACACAGAGAAUAUUUUCCAAACCCUUGCCUUUCACUCCCUCCGAUUACAGACCUGAGCGCUCCUAAGAAGUGUCGAGCGCGCUUUGGGCUCGACCAACAGAAUAACUGGUGUGGCCCGUGCAGUCCCUACCUGUUGUCUUUCUGUUCUGACACAAGCAGUCUUUGAAUUGGGAAUAUUUUCAUGGAGAAAAAAAAAGUGCAUUCGCUACAUCCAAGGUGAAGGCAGCUGUGCCAGUCCUCCCUCUACGGACGGAAGCUUACUAGACUCCCCCCCAUCCUCCCCCUCCUCAGUGGCCCCCUCCCCCUCCUCAAAAGAGUCCAAACCUCAGACUGAACAAAUGCAACCUCUCUCACUGACUAUGAAACCGGCCCACCAGCCACUCCACCACCCGCACCUCCUGGCUGGGCCUCCGCCAUCAUUGGUUCAGCUGGAAAACUCCGCUGCAGCUAGCAAAACGCCCGGCGCCUCCUCCCACAACGGAGCCCUGGAGCACGGCGGCGACGUCUCGUCCUCGCGGCAGCCGGGCUCCUCUGUGGCGUCCUCGAUGGCCCGGCCCUCAGCAUCGCUGUGUCAUUCCCACUCGCUCCUCCCCUCCUCGGCCCCUCAGCCUCUGUCGCUAGUGACCAAGUCUAUAGAAUAGUCUGCCCUAUUCUUCUCCUCUUUUCUAGCUCUGCACACACACACCUUUCUAGGCCCUCACUCUGCUAUAUUUCACUUACCGUCAGCUCUUUUUUCUCUUUCUGUUUCUGUGCCAUAAGGCUUUGAAAUUUUAGUUCUUAUUUUAUUAAAGUUCAUUGGUCAAUAUUUGACCCGUCAUUAUCAAAAAAAAUCUAAUUAUUAUAAAGAAAUGAUACAAUGAGCUGUAGUAUAGCUUUGUGAAUCUGCCAAAAUUUUUAUGAAUUUAGUUUUGUCUUUUUUGUAGUGUUCAACAGUGCAAACAGAAAAAUUAUUUAGUUCAACUUCGAAAUGUUUAAAAGACGGAUAUAAAAAGGUAGGCUAGAUUAUUCAAUGAGCCCUUUUCUUGAAAGAGUUGGUUCUCCUUCUUUAUUUGUAUUAAAUACGAGCUCGCGAACCAAUCAUCUGACAUCUGUUCAAACUCUCGGAGGGCAUGAGGCUAGCGGUGACACCUCUCUGAGGAACAACUUUAAUUGUGAUGUUACUUGUUCUUGUUUAAAUGUACAGAAUAAUGGGGAGGGGGGGAUUACUGUGUUAAAUAUGCAUUCUUCCACUGCGUUGUCUUUUUUUCUUUGUUGUUUACCUAUGGGGUGGAGUCAGGCAAGUUGGGUGGGCUUGAGGGGAGGUAGGGGUGGGAGGGUUGAGGGUUAUUAAAUUCAAAAUGUCACAACGCUAGGACCAGUAGUAUUUAUUGCUUUAGAGAUUGCUUGUUGUAUCUUGUACGUGUCUCUUUUGACCUUUUUUUUUUUCUUAAUACAUUGUAAAAAUAUUUUUUCUUAAGGUAAGCGACUUAUAUAUGAAUGAUCCAUUUUUACAAGGAGGUUUUAAAAAGGCAAAAUCUUUUUGUUAUUGAUUUCUUUCCUCGCUGAAAACCUGGAUUCCACUCAGUGUACUGUGUAGAUCUCAUGAACAGAAGUAUGCACAACUUCAUUUCAAGAAAUGCGUCUAUAAGCCAUUUUACAAAAAGAAGAAAAGAAAACUUGAAACAAGAGACAGUGGGUACCGUGUCUUCAGUAGUUGGAAACGUGUCUAAAGCCCUUCUUUUUUAUUGCACAGUCACAUCUCUCAGACUGUAGAUUCGUGUACAGAUUUUCCGUGCCAAAUUUUGUGAUAAUUUUCUCUGCCCCUCUCUAACCACGCUGUAGGGAUCUCUCUCUUUUUUUUUUGUUUUGUUGUCGUUUGUUUUUUUAUUUCGAUACCAUUCUUUGCUGUGACGUUACAUAGAUUGCUAUGUAUGUAGUAUAAAUGUUGCUAUAACAAAUGUGUUUGGUAGCAAAUUGUCAAAUAUUAAAAUUUAAACUUAAUAAAAGGCGGACAUCAUACUGUAUAAACCCACAAGGGCCAAAUUAUGUAUAUUAGGAGGUUCAUAAAAAAACUAUUAAAUACAAAAAAAAUACACAAACUGCCACUUUAAGUACACUACUACAUAUAGGUAGAUAGAAAAAAUAGGCAUGUUGAUGUUGCAAGAGGCUGUAAAAAAAGCUACAAGAGAAUCAUCCACUCGGUGCCAUUGUAGUUGACAUGACGCGACUGUAAUCUGUCGAUUUCUUCUCUGGUUUAUUAAGAUGCUAAUGAUAAAUAGUUUGAAUGUUUCCUUAACGGCUGUGAUGUUCCUGUUCUAUUUUAUGCUCUUAUCUUUUUGUUUGUUUGUUUUUUCCUGUUAUUUUAAAUGGUUCCAAAACCAUGUUUUUUUGUAAUGAAUAAAUGUUUAUGCUGUACAGUCUCUGUAGCAUGCAGUUCUGUAUUAAUAAAAGCAACUUAGUAUGUGCA